AGGCGAGCGCCUCACGCACGCAGCGGCCGAGCCGCAGGCGCCGCCAUAAGCCGCCGGUCCCGGGACGCGCCUCAGUCUCGCGGCGCGGCACCUUCCGGCGCCGGCCCUCCGCGCCGGGACGGCACAGCGCCCCCUGCCGCGGCGGAGGGCGCGGGGGCGCGACCCACGCGUGCCCGCCCCUUGCGUGGGGCGGUGCGUCUUGUCAGCGGCAAGCGGGGCCGUGCUGCCAUGGCGGCGGCGGCGGCGGCGGUGGGGAAGGCCGCGGGGGCGGCCUACGGGCACGGCGAGAGCGGCGGGGGCCGCGGCGGCGGCUUCUUGGGGCCGCGGGUGCCGGCCGAGGUGGAGGCCAUGGCCCGCGGCGUGCAAGAUGUGGGGAAGGAGACCUUCCGGCGGCUCCUCAAAGUCACUGUUAAUGCAUUGGAAGGGAAAGACUGCAAGGAAUCUGUCAAGCUGAUCGCAGAAAGCACUAAUCUCUCAGAAGAGCAGCUUGCUUUCCUCAUUUCUGGCAUGUACACCCUUCUCCGAGAAGCGCUGAGACUCCCCUUAUCAACUUUCAAACAAGAGGUUUUUAAGGAAGACCUAAAGGAGCUCAGGAUACCAGAAGAUUUCAUCGUGGACUUUUCCAAUAUAGUCUUUGGUAACAGGCGUCCUGCUUCCGAAGGCACAGCUCUGAUACAAGGAAGUAGGCUGCCAAGUGUCCAGGACUUCAGGUGGAGAGUGGAUGUAGCUAUAUCCACAAGUUCACUGGCCCGUGCACUUCAACCAUCCAUUCUAAUGAUGAUGAAGCUUUCAGAUGGGACAGCUCAUCGCUUUGAAGUGCCAGUUGCAAAGUUUCAAGAACUGAGAUACAAUGUUGCCCUUAUACUGAAGGAAAUGAACGAUUUGGAGAAAAGGAGCAUACUGAAGAUCCAGGACUGAACACUUUUAAAUUGGGAGUUUACAGAACAGAUCUGAAACCCUUAGUGUUUUGCGAAUGGCAAAGCAGGGAACCAUCACCACUUUGCGUCUCUGAACUGCAAUGUAGCAUUUAUGAUGUCUGUUAUGAUGUAAAUACUUUUUCAAUUCAAGUCUUAAAAGGACAAGCUCUUUUUGUAAGACUUAGGAAAACAAAAAAAAAAAAUCUAUGAAAAAGUAUAAUGCUGUUUGCGAGCAUUUUUGCAUGAUUCAUCAAAACAGUUUUUUAAAUAACUGUCUUAAUAGGUGUGAGAGUCACUUAUUUCUGAUUAUGAUUCAUCACACUAAUUAUUUUUGAAAGCCUGCUACCAGAAGUGCCGUCAAUGUGUAUCAUAAGAAGGCUCUGCAAUAUCUCAAAUAAAAAAUAAAAUUAAAAAACCCC